AAACCUAAAGCGAUGCAGUUCAAAUGGAAAUUCAUUAUAUCGAUCUCAGUGAUCGCAAUUAUUUUCUACAUUUCUGAAAACUUACUGAUUUCUUCAUCAAUUUUGGUGAUGGCCGUUCCCGCUGCUUUAAAUGUUUUAGGAAUAGAAUGGACUAUCCCGGAUUUGGACGAAUUGUUUGGAGCGAUCUUGAAUAUUACUACGUUUGUUAGUUAUGGUGAUAGUAAUGCUAACAUUGAUGAUGUCGAUGGUUUUGGCAGUGACACUAGGCCUGAUGGCGGCGAUGGCGGUGAUAAUGAUGGUGGUGCGACUGGACGAUUUGGAUAUGAUAGAACUGGACUCACUCUCUAAAUUUAAGCUCGAAUUUAAAAUUUCGAGAAAUAUACACACAAACCAUAAGCAGACAUUCCGC